UCCGGCCUGCGGAGGGUGAAGGCGCGGGCCCAGCUGGCCCAGCUGCCACCCGUCCCCGCCGGGGCCAGCCCCAACCUGCGGAGCCGUCUGGAGCGAGUGCGGCAACUGGAGCUGCGGAUCCGUGAGAAGAAAGCGGGAAGCGGAGCCACGCUGGGAGCGCGGCCAUCCGGGGACACCGGGGUGGCAGCUCCUGCAGCGGAGGCCGGCAGUGAGAAGCCCCCCGCGUACCAGCGGUUCCACACCCUCGCGCAGGACCUGCCUCCGGGGCUCACGCUGCCCUACAAGUUCAAGGUGCUGGCGGAGAUGUUCCGCAGCGUGGACACCAUUGCCGGGAUGCUCUUCAACCGUGCCGAGACCAUCACCUUCGCGAAGGUCAAGCAGGGGGUGCAGGACAUGAUGCGCAAGCAGUUUGAGGAGCGGCACGUGGGGCAGAUCAAGGCGGUAUACCCAGCCUCGUACAGGCUGCGCCAGGAGAAGAACAUCCCCGCCUUCGGCAACGGCAUGAAGAAGUCUGACUACCAGCUCACGCUGGAGCCGGUGCUGGGGGAAGAGGAGAAAGUGGACGGUCGCCCGCACUUGUCGGCGUCGCGCUUGCUGGAACGCAGGAAGGAGUUCAACCGCAACCUGGUGAACAUCGUCAAGCAGCACCACAAGGCGUUCCUGGCCGCCCUCAGCCCUCCCAUGGUGGUGCCGGAGGAGAAGCUGACCCGCUGGCAUCCCCGCUUCAACGUGGACGAAGUGCCGGACAUCAGCCCGGCAGAGCUGCCGCGGCCGCCCCAGGAGGACAGGCUCACCACGGCCCAGGAGGUGCUGAGCACGGCUCGGGGGAUGCUGACCCCCAAGGUGAGUGAGAUGGAAAAACACUUGCGCCUCUUCGCAGAGCUGCUGCCCGACUGGGUGGGGAUCCACGCCGUCAGGACGGACACCUACAUCAAACUGGACAAAGGGAAGGACCUCGGCCUCGUCACGGAGAGGCUCACCAAGGCGGCAAAGGAGGCAGAAGCCCUCUGAGCCCCCCAAGGGUCGAGGCUUCCCCCGUGCAAUCUCCUCUAAAUGUAGCAA